AUGGGUGCCCACCGUGUAUCCGCAAGCAUGGGUGUUGGGGUCGCCGGGAGCAUAGCCCAUACAGGGGUCGGUGAGAUGAAGAAUAAACGAGAGGGGGAGAAGAAGAACAUUCAAGAUCUGAAUGACAGGCUUGCGGCGUACAUUUCCCAGGUUCGAUCCUUGCAAUUGGAGAACACUGCCCUUCAUGAUGCUCUCAAGAAGAAGAGGAAAGAGUUUGAUGUUGAACCUAUGAAAGAAGCCUAUCAAGCAGAAAUUGACGAAACCAAAAAGUUGCUUGAAGAGGCUAAUAAAGAAAACGCUGAAUUGAAAGUUCAAGUAACCAGUAUCGAAGAUGAACUGGAGGAUCAACGAUCAGUAUGCCGCAUUCAUGAAGAAAGGAUUGACCAAUUGCAAGACAAAGUCAAUAGCCUUAAUGAUGAAAAUUCUCAUCGGACCGCUGAAUGCGAUAUGCUGCGGAGAAAGGUGGAAGAACUUGAGCAUCAAGUGGGUCAUUGGAAAGCCAAAUACAAUGAGGUUUACUCCCAACUGCAAGCAACCAGAGCCGACUUGAAAGAUGAGACCAACCAACGUAUCGCUGAACAUUCACGUGCUGAGGCUUUACAGGAAGAACUCGAUUUUCUGAAAACCGUCACUGAUGCGGAAAUAAAAGAAUACAAGGCGAUGCUGUCGAAAGAAGAUGAGACAGGAAUUAACGUCCGUGACGCAUGGAAUGACGAACUCUCUAAAUGCAUGAAGGAACUGAGAGAGGAAUAUGAACAAAGACUGGGCGAUAUUUCCCAAGAAUUGUCAAGCCGUUACGAAAGCCAGUUGCAACAAAUCAGUCAAAGUGCUGCUAAAGCCGAACCAUCCAGCGUUGUGCAUUCCAAGGACGAUUCCAGAAAAUACCGAACUGAGUUGUCUCAGAAGGACAUGAGAAUUAAAGAACUCGAGGGUCAGCUUGAGAGAAUGAAAAUGGAGUUGCGCAGCUUGCACAGUCAACUGGACAGAGUAAAUGACGAGUUGUUGAACGAAAAAGAGAUGAGAGCAAAUGAGGUGUCCAAACUCCAUGAAGAAAUGGAAGCAAUGGUCAGAGAGUUACAGAUGUUGAUGGACGCCAAACUGUCACUCGAGUUGGAAAUUGCUGCUUAUAGAAAACUCUUGGAAGGUGAAGAGAACAGACUUUCGAUUGGACACAUGACCGGAAUGAUUGGUGGAUAUCGCUCAGAGAGUGGAGACGCCCUGGCCAACAUUCUUGAUCAUUCCUCUGGAUCAACUACUGGCGACUCUGGUUCCAUAACCACGGCUACAGGUCGGAUCACUAUGACGCGUACCGCAAAAAGUCCCUUCUCUAUCCACGAGGUUGACAACAAUGGUCGUUUCGUUAUAAUUGAAAACGCGUCUACCUACCGAUCAAAAAUUUCGGUGAAUUUGAAAGGAUGGAGACUGACUCGAAAAUAUGCAGCAUCCGGCAUUAAUCAAGAAAUCAACCUCGAACACGUCUUCCAAAAUGAGUAUAACCUUGAUGCGGAACAAACUGUCACAAUCUGGGCUAAGAAUUUCGAAAAAGAAGCCGAUAGCAGAAAAGGUAACAUUAUCUCUAACAUUGACAACUGGGGCGACAUGAGCAGAACUUCUGAACUGGAGUUAAUCGAUGAUAAGGGUGUCGUAAAAGCUACCCUGAGCAUUAAAGUUACCUUCUAG